GGGGAUGACUGCAGUGCUUGUCUCUGGGGCUUUUGUGAGGGUGAAAUGAGACCUCACGGGUAGGCAGUUUGGUGCAGAGCUCAGUGAAUAUAGAUAUAAGUUUUGUCAUUGGAUUAAAGAGUGGACAGAAGUGACUCCAUGACUCGGCCAGCUCUCCCCUAUCCCAGCCUGUAUGAAAGGGGGUCCCCCAGGCCUCUUAUCUCCUCUCUAGAUCCCUACGGCUUCCCUGCUUCUGCCCUCCUUCUCUCCCCUGCCCAGGAAAGAGCAAUUCUGGAGAAGAAAAAGAUUGGGUGGCUCUGGGGCCAGGGGAUGGGCAGCCAGAAUCCUGGGCAACCUGGAGGGUCUGGAAGAACAUGGGGAUGGAAGUUUGGGGAUGGGAUGGGAAGAAGUCAGUAAUCCUCUCCUCCCAGACAGGAGGUUUCUCAGGACAGGGGCUCAGGUUGGAGUUCUAGGGAAGUUUACAUUUGUGAUGAUCAUUCCUGGAAACUCAGAAAACACCCAACAUCUAGGUCAACCACUCCUCAACACCCCCCCCCAAGAUUCCCAGAGCCGUUGGUGACACCCAAGUUGCUGCCCAAAACCAGUUGCUUUAUGACUUUCAACAGACAGGAAUGAUCUGACUCGUGGCCAUUGACCAGGUCCCUGGGUCACACGCCAGAAUUCCCCUAAGUUUCCCUAUUAACCUUCUUGAAAAUGGUCCAUUCUGGACCUACAAGAUGCCUGCUCAUCCCCUAGGUCCAACACGCCAGGAGUGUGAAAUCAUCUACACACAUGGGCCAGGACCUCCCCCACACCCCCACAGGAGCAGAAGGAAUGGAACAGGGCCCAGGAGGAGGGAGACAGAGUAAGACAGAAACAGCACUUACUCCUCGUCUUUCACCCAUUGUGGCUGAUCAAAACCUUGAGGUUUCUCGUUCUCAGUGACAGUCAGAGCGGGCUUUCUCUAGAGUCACCGAAAGACUUUGACGUGUUUAAAGAAACCUCGAACGCCAAGCAUCGAGAUGAGUCAGGCAGGACAGGCGGUGCACUGGACCCUGGAGGGCAUGUGGUUAAGUGGAGACAGGCAGCCUCAAGCUCAGGGGUUCCAAAGGUAAUUCAGUAAGAAAGGGGAGUGAGAGACCAGAGCAGGAUGCCACAUAGAGACCCACACCUACCGGGACUGUCAAUGCUCAGGCACAAGCUGGAGACAAGAGGACACUGAUUCCUGUCCCUAGCUAUAGAAGAUGCAGCUGGGAAGGCAGGUCCAAGUACACAGGGGAGGGUUUGACUGCCAUGCUGAGCAUCAGGAGCUUCACCCUCAGGGCUGGGUUGAGCCUGUGGAAGACACCAUGGGAUUUGGCAUCAGAACUAUGCUUUAGGGACGGGCACAGUGGUGUACACUUCUAAUCCCAGAGGCUCUGGAGGCUGAGGCAGGAGGAUCACAGGUUCAAAGUCAGCCUCAGUAACUUAGCAAGACCCUAUCUCAAAAUUAAAAAAAAAAAAAAAAAUUUAAAGGGCUGGGGAUGUGGCUCAGUGGUUAAGUACCCCUGGGUUCAAUCCCUUGUUCUAAAAAUAAUAAUAAUAAUAACUAUACUUUAGGAAUCAUGCCUAACAGUAGCAUGCAGGAUAAGUUUCUUGAGAUGGGAGAAAUAUCUACUUAUCUAUGUGGCCUGAUGCCCCUCCUGCCUACCCUAGAAACUCCCAAGCCAGAAUCCCCAGCCUCUAGCCCGGUGUCUGGAUGGAGCCCUCAAACUGCAACCCGGGUGUCAUGCAGUAUCACUCCAGCAGGUGGUGCUGUGGCCAAGGACACAGAACCUCCAGGCUUGGGCUGCUUCCCUGGCCUCCAGAGGGCCCCCAGUCUCCAGAAGAUAUGGGGAGCAGGAUCCCAGGCAUUUCCAGCCCCUACUAAGACAGGAACAGCAACUGCCUACAGGUCCUGCCUGAGUAUCCACGUGUGCCCUCACGGUGACGCUCCUGUGGGUCAGACCCUGGCUGAGAACUGAGAGUCAGGGAACAAGGGGGAGUUCCAGGGGUGGAGAAGGCCCAGCUGGUGCCCCGGGGGUGCUCCCAGACUGCUGGUGGGAUGACCCUUCUACAUAACUUCCUCUGUCAACUGUUGUCCCUGCUCAGCCAGCAGGAGGAAAUACGUUCUAAGGCUCGGCCACGAGGCCAACUGAGCCGUUGUCUGCAGCAUAUCCAGCCCUUGCGCGUUAAAAGCCGGCCUCUCCAUCUGCUGCUCGGAAGCAAGGAGAGCCUCCUGACCUCCACAGCGUGUUCCUGCCACCCUCCCCCCAAGAAAAAGAAAAACUGGCUCUGCUCCCCUCCCACCUAUCACCCAGGGCAUUAGAUUAGGAAACAAGUGAAAGAAAAGAAAAUACACACACGUUUUUUAAAAGACAUGUAGUUCUAUCACAAAAUAGUGCCCAUCCGUACUCUAGGUGUCCUCUCAGACCCUUGAUGCUCCCUCCUUCAGAUGGACAAGCAGGGCAUUCAUUCAUUCACUCACGGGUACAAAAAUCCUGGACCUGCACCAGGGAAACCAAUGAAAAGCGUGCUGGCUGUGGCUCUCCUCGUCAUUUUCCAGGUGUGCUUGUGCCAAGAUGAAGUCACAGAUGAUUACAUCGGGGACAACACCACGGUGGACUACACCUUGUAUGAGUCUUUAUGCUUCAAGAAAGACGUGCGGAACUUUAAGGCCUGGUUCCUCCCAGUCAUGUACUCAGUCAUCUGCUUCGUGGGCCUGCUGGGCAAUGGGCUGGUGGUGUCCACCUACAUCUAUUUCAAGCGGCUCAAGACCAUGACCGAUACCUACCUGCUCAACCUGGCCAUGGCAGACAUCCUCUUCCUCCUGACCCUUCCCUUCUGGGCCUACAGCGCAGCCAAGUCCUGGAUCUUCGGUGUCGACUUCUGCAAGGUCAUCUUCAGCAUCUACAAAAUGAGUUUCUUCAGUGGUAUGCUGUUGCUUCUUUGUAUCAGCAUCGACCGCUACGUAGCCAUCGUCCAGGCCGUGUGUGCCCACCGCCACCGUGCCCGCGUGCUCCUCAUCAGCAAGCUCUCCUGUGUGGGCAUCUGGAUGCUGGCCUUACUGCUCUCUGUCCCGGAGAUGGUGUACAGCGGCACCCAGAGGAGCAGCAGCGAGCAAGCCUGGCGAUGCUCGCUCAUCACCGAGCACGUGGAGGCUCUGAUCACCAUCCAGGUGGCCCAGAUGGUGAUCGGCUUUCUGGUGCCCCUGCUGGCCAUGAGCUUCUGCUACCUGGUCAUCAUCCGGACCCUGCUCCAGGCGCGCAACUUUGAGCGCAACAAGGCCAUCAAGGUGAUCAUCGCCGUGGUCGUGGUCUUCAUCGUCUUCCAGCUGCCCUACAACGGGGUGAUCCUGGCCCAGACGGUGGCCAACUUCAACAUCACCAGCAGCACCUGCGAGCUCAGCAAGCAGCUCAACAUCGCCUAUGAUGUCACCUACAGCCUGGCCUGCAUCCGGUGCUGCGUCAACCCUUUCUUGUACGCCUUCAUUGGCGUCAAGUUCCGCAACGACCUCUUCAAGCUCUUUAAGGACUUGGGCUGCCUCAGCCAGGAGCAGCUGCGGCAGUGGUCUUCCUGCCGGCACGUGCGCCAUGCCUCCAUGAGCAUGGAAGCCGAGACCACCACCACCUUCUCUCCAUAGGCAGCUCCUCUGCCCGGCGGGGAGGGACCUCCGCCAGGGCCUAGGGGCCACAGGGAGCAGAUGCAAGACUCAGGACCCAUCCAAAAGCUGCUUAGGGAAAAGCAGUUCUGGCCACUGAAGUUGACCUCAGAGUGAAAACCUGGGUCCCAGGAAACAGCUUGACCCCAACACUAGCUACCUCAACCAAGACUGGAAAGAGACACAGCUAAGAAGUGAUUACCAGGACCAGUGACACUCCAAACCCAAAGCUGUUGUCCCCAAACCAGACAUGAAAAGUGAGCAUGGAGAAACCCUCUGCCCCUCCUAGAGUAAAGGGGACAGGGUGGGUGGUGGCAGGGGCUGCUGAGUCCCCUGAAUGAAACUUCUUCCAAACUUGAAAGAAGCCAACCCAGAAAUUUGAGGGCAGAGGCCAGGUCUUCCAGGAAACAAGGCUUUGUCUCCAAGACCAAGAUGGUGUCGAAGCUUCUUAGCUUGGUACGAAAGGGGCAUCAACAGGUCAAACCAACUCUGUGAGUCCCUUCCUCUGUCUCUCUUUCCAUGGUCAGGAAGGCAGCCUCCUCGCUGCCCCGAGAGCAUGCCUGCCCUCCCUCUGCUGCCGACAAGGGAAGGUGGUAUUUCCUGCAGGUCAGGCCGGCUCCCUCAGCCUGACAAAACCACGUUCCCAGCCAAGCUCUGCAGCAGCAAGGACAUACGGUCAGGUCUCAGCUCCACAAGGAUGGCAGGAGAGGACAGAAUGAUUGGAGACCAGAGAGGGUGACAACGCAGGCUGCCAAAUGAGCCUCCUUUCUAUUAUUGCUUGUCACCAGGAAUAACUCCUCUGCUGCUGUCUUUUCAAUACAUCAGGACAGCACAGAACGGUUUCUCUUGAGGAAACAAUGGCUUUAAAAGCAAUAAGAUUUUUUAAAAAAUAAAUGGUUAAAUCUCAAGUGAGUGUUCUUUUGCA